ACAAACCUGGGGGCUCGCUGGUCUUCGCUUCUGUAAUAUUGACGCGUCUACGUCUCAUUAACAUUGAAGACCAUGCCCAGAGCAGCGAGGAACGAAGCCGAGGAGCUGAAUAAAGCCAUCUCACAUACCUUCGGUGAUAUCCCGGGCGUGCCCUUGUUCACCGAGUGGCCGAACAGGGAAGCAUGCAGACAAGAUAGCAUUCAUAUGCCGACAAUGGCUGGGAUUCAGGGCACGAAGAAAGACGGUGCUUACUCCAUUGUCAUAUCCAACCACUACAAGGACGAUAUGGAUUAUGGCAGCGCCAUAAUAUACACUGGUGCAGGUGGCCGCCAAAAGUACUCCAACAAGGACCCAACGAAGAGGAUUCACUUUGGGCCUCAAAUAUACGAUCAAACGUGGGACGACUGGGGCAAUCGAGCACUGCUCAAGUCGAAGCACACGGGGAAACCCGUCCGCGUUAUCAGGACCUCGGACUGCGAGUCGAAAUACGCGCCUUUGACUGGCCUUCGCUAUGACGGGUUGUAUGCCGUUAGAAGUUCGUGGAAGGAGAGGAAUGCGGACCACUUGAUUAUUUGUCGAUACCAGCUGGAGCGUCUCCCCGGCCAAGCCCCUAUACCGAUUCGUGGUGAGCGCCAGCGUCAGACUUUGACGCCCGCGCCGGUCUCUUCUUCCUCCACGCCGGCUGCCGCUUCGUAUCCGGCGCCAGCUCGUUCUUCGGCGUUUGUCGCACCUUUGUCUUCAUCAUUUCGAACUAGUGCAAGCACGAGAUAUCUAAGGCAUGGCCCCAGAAGUGGUCCCCCGCGUGGAGACGCUGAAAGCCCGAAUGAUGAUGAUUAUGAUAUGAACGAAAACGCGGAGGACACAGAAGAGAGGGAGGAAAGCCCCAGGAUAAAGAACGAAGACUUGGAAAGCGAAGCCAUGAAUAUCGAAGGCAACAAUCAAGAGCAAAUCAAAGUCGAACAGGCGGAAAAUAGCGUUCAGCAUCGUAAGCGAAGAAUUUCCUCGGUCUCAUCUGAGCCUGUCAACAAGCUUCAAAGACUGACUCAAGGAAUGAAACGGGAGCUUCACAUCUGAAGAAUCUUCUUGAACUCGAAGAAUUGUACUAUCUAUGACCGAUGCUAUAUACCCCUUGUCUAUAUAUCUUAUCCCUGUUGUAGGAAAUAUGCGAGAAUCUGUGUGCGAUGAGGUAUUAUGUAAAUAUAUGCUGUAUAAAUUGCUAGUAAUGUCGUGAUAUCAUGUAGUCGUGAAACCA